CACGGCGCAGGGCCACUCACUGGGCUCUGCAAGUUCUCAAGCUGAGUUGGGGCUCGGAUACCAUACGCUCCACACUGCAGCGGUGUGCUCUUGCUCUGGCUGGGCCGAAUUUUUCCAAAGAUAAGAGGGAGAGGGGUGGGGAAGAAAGGCUGCCCUGAGGACACCUCUCACAUGCAGAACAUGGAGAAUCGACCAGCAGUGACCAGUGCAGAGGUAGAGAAAUCAGCAUCCCCAUCAGUGGCUCAGUUAGCAGAAAGGUUCAAAGAGCAAGCAGCUGCCGUUUCUGGAAAGGAGGUACCAACCAGUAGACCAACCAGGAGGAAACCACCAUGCUCCCUUCCCUUACACAUCCACAAAGUGGAGGCAGGCCAAAAUAACGAGCAAAAGCCAUCUCCAAAUGCGGGUCCACUUCCCAAGGUCAAGGUGAAAAGCUCUCCCAUGAUUGAAAAACUGCAGGCCAAUCUGGCAUUUGCUCCAGCUGUGCUGCUUCCAGGUACAUCUCCAAAGAGUCCAGGUCUGAAAGUCAUGCCGUCUCCAUUUAGCACUCCCCCUUCAACUCCCAGCAGCCCAGGUAUUCAGUCCCGUUCCAGCGAGUCAGAUGAAGCACCAGUUAGCUUUGAUCAACCACCAGAGGGCACUCACCUGCAAAACUAUAACAAGGUGCGGACAAGAGGAUCAAUAAAGCGGAGACCUCCCUCCAGGAGAUUCCGAAAGUCUGGAAGUGGUGAAGAGUUAGGGGCAACGGUUUCAUCUCAAGAAAAUGGUGCAAAGGAAGAGAAUGGUGAUGAGGUGUUUGCACCCAAGGGUAAGACAGAUGAGCCAGGAACAGAAAGCAAAGCAAUGGAGAAACAGAUUGGAUCUGAUGAAAAUUCUCCAUCAAGGAGAAGAUCCUUCAGGACAGAAAGUAAAGAUGAGAGAGAAAAGCAAGCAGAGGAAACAGCCCCUUGCAAGAGCAGCACAGAAGAGGAAACAGUGACACAUUGCAAGAGCAGCACAGGAGAGGAGGAAGGGAAAUCAGACAAGAGAAACACUGAGACCUUGUGCCAGGUGGCUGUGGAAGACAAGGAAGAGAAGGUGUGCAAGAGCACUGUGGGGGAAAAGGAGGAUGACAAUGUCUGUGAACCCAAUAAAAGGGACAAAGAAAAGGAAGAGGUGGAGAAGAAGGAAGUUGAGAGCACUGAUACACAGGAAAAAUCAGACAUCCAGGAAAAGGACUCAGAGCCCGGGACACUGCAGCUGGCAGCAGACACAGACACCGCCAGUGAGAAGCCCAGUGUGACACCAACACAAGAACUGGGCACUGAGUAAAUAUGAUGCAGGAAGAAAAAAUCAGGACACAGGAGACAUCUGAAGAGGAGCCAAAAAGUCCAAUUAAGGUGUAGCUACUGGAGGACCUUCCCUGCCAGAACAGCAGAAUAUGAAUAACAUGAAGGAUCUAGAAGCAGCCGAGAGACCUGUGACCCAACACUGGUUCACUGCUCUUAUGCCAUAAUGCUCUAUGGGAGAAGGAAAGGCUGGAAUGAAGAUGGCUUUUUAUCAUGGCAGGCUUCACCAGCUGGCUCUUCUUGGGUACAUUCAAUCACUUUAAAAUAAUGUCCGGACUGGAGACUUAAUACAUACUUAUCUUGGACCCAGCAAACAUCACUGUGUCUGGGUCUGUUAUUUUCCAUUACUGCUGAGCUCCAAAUUUUGUUUUAUUCUCUGUUUCAGUCUUAGAUGCAGUUUAUCAGUUUCAGACAUAGAAAAGUUGUGCCUAUUAAAUAGCUUCUUUUGAAAUAUUUUUCAGUUUUCAAACAUAAGUAAAUAAUGUUUUAAAAACAGGGAAAAUAUAUAAAUAUGUUAUAUGGCAGACGUGAACCCUAAAUAUGGAGAAGAGCCUUCUGAAAUUGUUUAUAAAGCCUCUUUGAUGAAUUUUCACUUGGACCAGCAUUAGGGUGGCCAAUCUGCACUUGAAACAUCUUAUUACUAACAUCCAACAGCUACUCUUAACAAAUGUGAUCUAAUUCUUUGGUGUUUUUUAGUGUUGGUGAAAAGUAGCAUCUAAAAAACUUGAUCCAGAGAACAUAAGUCCUGUAAUAGAAAAUAACAACAAAAGCUCAUUAGCCCAUCAAUGUGCUUCGAUCCUAACUGAGUAGGACCGGUAUAAAUGUAUCUUCAUAGCUUAUUCUACCUAAGACUUCCAUUCUGAGACUUCCCACAUGUGGCUAAUUAGUACUGAUUUUUUAUGACAUGGACAAUAGUUUGCGAGACCUGAACUGAAACAACCUACACAUUUCAUAUAAGCCAGUAAAGCCCUUUUGAAUGGGUGAAUUUCACUUAAUAUGGCCCAAGCUGGAUGUGAACUUGGUGAAUUUUCAUCCCUUUAAAAAUUAUAUAUAAGAAUGUUUCUUAAGAACUCUUAGAGGAAGAGUUUAAAAGGAUUUGGCAGUAGAAGUAUUUAGGUAAUGUGAUGCUGAGAACCACAUAGGUUCUCAAAGGAAGCAUUUAGGUCUCUGCUAAAUACUUCUGAGGCCUAGCUGGCUCAGAAGAUGAAUAGUGGCUGAGCUGUGGAACCAUUUAUCUCUCAGUUGCAUUUACUAUCUAUUGGCCUUCAUGAAAUGAGUUGGAAGCAUGUCUCGGUUCCAUACCCAGUAGACAGGUGUUCACAUAACUACAGUAUAGCUACAGCACACGGUUUGAUGAUACUACCAA